AUGCAAACAGCCAUCUUUAAAAUUUGCCGCCGUGCCGCCUUCCUGAAAUGCACUCCAUUCACACGCGCCCUUACAACUUACUCAGGUGGUCAACCUUCAGAGGGACAGGGAGGUUUCUAUGGAUCAGCCAAGACGCGCUCUGAGACCGGCUCCAAGUUUCGCCCUGGUGCUCGCGCUGAGCCUCAGGAUCUGACUAAGCUGCAACAUCUAAUGAAUCAAUGGGAAGCGCAAAAGGUUUCUCUGGCCGCUGAAGAACGUAAGAAGCUGCUUGCUCGGAUUGCCAGCGAAGAAGGGACGCUGAUUCAGAGGCUUCUCAUUCGUGGUGCACCUGUGUGGGGACUUUCCACGCAGCAACGCGAAUUUGUAGCCGAAUGUAACGAAGUUUGCCCGUAG